UCAAUUUUGUUUUUUCUUUUAAGCUAAAAGUUCCUCAUUAAAUAUCCCCUUUCCUCUUUUCUCCAUUUUUUCUCUUUUCUCUCCUUUUUUUUUUUCUUCAAUUUUCCUUCUCUCCUUCUCUCUCCAAACACAAACCCUAAUUAUAUUCCUUGUAAAAAUCCUCAACAAAAAACAGGUAGCUCAGCUACAUACCCUCACCAACAACUAUCAUUUCCACUACUUGUUACUAUUUUUUUUCCUUGUUUUCAUCAUCCAUCUUUAACAGUAAUUCAAUCUUCUUUUAGAUAUCAAACCCAUAGCCUUUUUCUGUAAAAACUACCAAGCAACAAAUUGCUACAUUUCUUCAUUGCAUAUCCCACCUUUUCAAGAUUCGUCCCCACCAUUUUUUUUUCUUUUUUCUUUUCUAGAUCUCUCUCAUCCGUACAAUAAUGGAAUCUGGAAAUAGUAGUAGUAUGCAAUCUUCAAGUGGUGGUGAUGAUCAAGAUCAAUAUGAUGAAUCAAGUGGUGGUGGUGGUGGUGUUAUUGGUUCAGGUAAUUACUUCUUAUUUAGUAAUACCACUGCCCGUAUUAAUAAUUCUAGUACGAAUAAUGCUAAUACUAAUACAAAUCCGUUACCUACCCAAUAUCAUCAUCAUCAUGAUCAUCAGAAUAAUCCAGAUAUGUUUAUGGGUUCUUCUAGUUCUACCCAUCAAAUAGCUCCACCACCGCUUGAUCCACCACAACAUCAUGGUAAUUUUUUAGAACCCUUUGAAAAUCAUCAACCAAAUUUUCAAAAUCUUAUGUUCUGGCAAACCCAGCAGUUUAGUGGUGGUGGAUUAGUUGAUCCUCCGCCGGUUCAGAAUCAGAGUUGCACCAUUACUCCAAAUAAUAGUAAUAAUCAACAAAAACCCAGCUCGAGUAACACCACCGGAGCCGGCGGUAGUGGUAGUGGUAGUGGGAAGAAUCCGAGGAAGAGAACUCGAGCAUCACGACGAGCACCCACCACUGUUUUAACAACAGAUACGAGCAAUUUCCGGGCUAUGGUUCAGGAAUUUACUGGCAUUCCGUCAUCGCCAUUUUCAGCGGCGGCUUCUCCGUUGUUAUCGAGACGGUUAACCGAUCUGUUAGCUGGAUCGUCGAGUGUGGGUCCCAGUUUAAGGCCAGGAAGACCGCCAUCGAUGAUGGGUUUGGGGCCUAGUUCAAGUACUCUGGAAAGGAUUCUUGCUGGGUAUAAUAACAACAGUACAAACAAUUACCCAUUCAGACCUUCUGCUCAUAAACCCAAUAAUACCCCACAAAAUACAAACAGUAAUAAUAGUACUAAUAUCUCAUUUCAAUCCCUUCUUCAAUCAAAUGUUUCUCCUGCUUCUACAAUCGGAACACACCCUAGUUUAGUUGGGGGUGGAAGUUUGUUACCUCCCAAUGUUGGGAAUUUUCCUGAUUUAAGUGGGGUCAUUGGGGGUGACCAACUGUUUGGAUUUUCGCCGGACGGUGGUGGUUGGAGGGGUGGUGGAUCAUCGGGGGCUGCCGGAGGUGUUAGUUCGAGUGAAGAACGUGACGGGAAUAAUAAUGUUCGACGUGGAGGAAUUGGUGGUGGUAUGAGUCAACAACAUCAUCCGUGCUCGAGCACGGAUAAUGUUGCUAAAAAUAAUAAUAAUAAUAAUAAUAAUACUCCGAGUAAUAAUAAUAAUGCGAGUAAUCAACAUAUGGAGGGCGGGUCAAUUAGUGGUGGUGGGACUUGCAAUUAUAAUGUCAAUUGCUCUGGAGAUAAAGGCUUAGAUAGUACUCCCAACCUAGGUGGUGGCCAAGGUACGUUGGGUGAUUUACUUGGUUAAUUUAUUUUUUUUUAAAUUAUGUUAUUGGUCAGGGUCAUGAUCAUCAGCCCGAUCAACGUCCUGAUCAUAGUCAUGAUCAUCAACUUGACCAGCGUUCUGCACAAUGUUAUUAAUUCCAACAAAUCCUAUAUAGUUUAGGAUUAGAUUAUAGUCUUAGGAAUACAUAUAAUUAUCUUAAAUUUGGGCCAUUGAUUUCUAAGAUGAGAAUGAAUGGAGGGUGGAUUUGGAAUCUAGUUUAUUAUAAUGUUAUAAUUAUAGUUGUAAUCAUAGUAUUAGAAGAGACAAUUGAGUGUUGAAUAUCAACCACAUUGUUAUUAUUGUAUUAAUCAAGAUGAGAAAUUAUUAUAUGCACAUUUGUAUGGCCC